GCCAUGAAGGUGGACACGGUAAAGCUGAAGAAGGGCUCUUCGGAGCUGACUUCCGAGUGCCGCGAACUGAUCGAUGAGCUGACAAAGCGACGGACACGCGCGGAGUUGCUCGAGUUUCUCGACAAAAUCCACGUGUGGAUCUACGGCAAGUGCGAGCUCUAUCACUGGAUCGAGAUACUCGAUCGUUUCGACAAGAUUCUGGAUGAGGCAGCCCGACAUGUGAAUUCCAAUGAAUUUGUGCUCCAAUGCGACACACAAUUCCACUCAACGGACGUUACACUGCUGCUGCAUGUGCUCAACUUUACGACACUCCUGAUCGAGCACUCGUUCUCGCGGCAUCUGUACAACUCGAUCGAGCAUCUGACGCAGCUGCUCUCCUCACAGAACAUGGACAUUGUCCUGGCGGUCCUCAAUCUGCUGUACAUGUUCUCGAAGCGCAGCAACUUUAUACCGCGCCUGCCCUUCGAAAAGAAGGAGUUGCUGAUUGUUAAACUGUUCAACAUAGCAGAGCGGUGGGGCGACCCAAACUAUGGCCUCUCGCUCAAGGACUGCUGCAUCGGCGAGCCAAAGCUGGAGUUUCUCUAUCAGCUGUGCAUCGACUAUGUGGACGAGCACGGCCAUGCCGCCCAGCUGGAAAUCCCUGACAUGAUGGACCUAUGCCACACGGCAUCGGCACCGGAGGUGAUCAAAACGAUUGCCGGACAGAUCUCAAAGCCCAGCGAGGCAAUAAAGAUGCGCAUUGCUCAUCGCGUGCGUCUCAUUUCUGGAUUCAACAACUACAAGCUGCGCCUGCAGUUUGUCCAGGCCCGCCUGCAGGCCGUCUCCAUUCUGAUCUACUCGAACGCCCUGCAGGACAACACGGACAAGGUGCUGUACCCGGGCUUCGGCGAAGAGCUAUGCGAGCUGAUCGACAAGGAGGACGUGAUCCUGGUGGAGAUACGGGCCGCCGUCUUGCGCACCCUCACAUCGAUGCUGCACUUUGAUCGCAAUCCGAAUGUGCCCAGCAGGGCCGGAUCGCGGCUAAUGAAGAUUGUCCAUUACACGGGCGCCGAGCGUCAGGGCGGCACACUGCCGCUCCUGGUGCGCGACUGCAUUAACAAUCUGACGACACACGGGCUCACGGAGCGCUACCCCCUCAUCCUGGCCACGUCGCUGUUCUCGCUGCUGUACCAUCUGGCCAGCUACGAGCUGGGCGGCUCCGCCCUGGUGAAGAGCGGCAUGAUGCAGUCCCUGCUGUGCGUCAUCAGCUGGCCAGGCGUGGACCUGGAGCACAUAACCUUCGUGACGCGGGCCGUGCGGGUGAUUGAUCUGAUCACGAACAUCGACAUUGCCCGCUUCCACCAGAACAACGGACUGAACGUGUUCAUCGAUCGCCUCGAGAAGGAGAUCAAGAGCUGCUGCAAGGCUCUGGCGGACAUCGGCAUCACCCUGAAGGAGUCCACGCUCAGGGACGAGGAGGGGAAGCUGGACAUGUCGCUGGACCUAGUGGAUGCGGACAUCGAAGAGGGCAGUAGCUCCUCCCCGCAUCGCGACGCUUCCGAUGAUCGCCUGGGAGGCGGCACUCUCGACGAGGAAGACGAGGAUCAGGAGGGGGACGAGGGGGAGGAUCACGAUCUGGACCUGGACCUGGAGGCGGCCGGACCCAGUGGUUCCAGCAUCAUGGCCGUCGCGGCCGUCGUCGGCGGCAGCGAUGAGGGCGCCGAGGGCAGCGGAGCCGCAGGCAGCAGCAGUGAUCGUGCCGAUCCUGCCGACGCAGGCCUCGCCGUGGUCGUGUAUCCGGCCAACAGCUACUACGCCCGUCCUCUGGCCGAACGGAAGGCCGAACUGUCGCAGGCCCAGCUGCCGCCGAGCAGCGUCCAGCCGAAGAAGCCGUCGUGCGUGACGCAGCGCGCGGCGCUGCUCAAGUCGAUGCUGAAUUUCCUCAAGAAGAGCAUCCAGGACCAUGCCCACUUCAGCAACAUGCGCAACAUCAUGGAGACGUCGCUCACGCAGUCGCUGCGGCACAUCAUCGCGAACGCCGAGUACUACGGGCCCUCGCUGUUCCUCCUGGCCACCGACGUGGUCACCGUGUACGUGUUCAACGAGCCCUCGCUGCUCUCCUCCCUCCAGGAUCUGGGCAUCACCAGCGUCAUGCUGAAGGCCCUCCUCCAGAAGGACGUCCCAGCGACGCGGGAGGUUCUCGGCUCCCUGCCCAACGUCUUCUCCGCGCUGUGCCUGAACGAGCGCGGCCUGUUCGAGUUCCUCUCGUACGAUCCGUUCGACAAGGUGCUCAAGGUGCUGCUCUCCCCGGACUAUCUGGUGGCGAUGCGCAGGCGCCGCUCCUCCGAUCCGCUGGGCGACACGGCCACCAAUCUGGGCAACGCCAUGGACGAUCUCAUCAAACACCAUCCGUAUCUGAGGGCCGAUGCCACCGAAGCGAUUGUCCGGCUGCUCAACGAGCUGGUGCGCCUUGGCUCCGAUCCCUCGUUCAUCUGCUGGCGGGCCAACAAGGAGAGCAGCGGCUCCGGCUCAGGAAGCGGCGGCUCCCAUGGCGCCCAUGGCGCCCACGGUGUCCUGCCCUCGGUCGCCGGAGGCGCCCCCAUGGUGAUGGUGGCGGGGGCAGGCGGAGGCACCGUCUCCGUGCUGCAGAGUGCGGCCAAUGACAACAACAACGACAGCAGCGGCGACGACGACGACGACGAUGACGAGAUGAGCUCCGCCUCGCAGCAACAGCAGCACCAGCAGCCGCCACAGGGAGCAGGAGUCGGCGUCGGAGUCGGAGUCGCCGCAGUAGUGGCCUCUACAUCACGUGGCGGCAGUGCCGCCCCACAGACACCAGGCGGAUCCUCAGGAACAGGAACAGGAACUGGAGCAGGAACUGGAGCAGGAACUGGCGGAACGGCAGGAGGAUGCCCAACCGUGGCCACCACUUCUUCGGCUACGUCUUCGUCCGCGGCUCUGGUCCGCGCCUCUGUAACGCCGCCCGAGCGCGAGGCCAUACCCCUGAUCGACUACAUCCUGAACGUGAUGAAAUUCAUCGAAGCGAUCUUCAGCAACAGCCCGAACGGCGACCACUGCCGCGAGUUUGUCCUGCACGGCGGCCUCAAGCCCAUCCUGCAGCUGCUGUCGCUGCCCAAUCUGCCCGUGGACUCGCCCGUCUCCACCACGUCGCAGGCGGUGGCGAACGUCUGCAAGGCGAUCCUCAGCCAGGCGCAGGAGACGAAGGUGCUGGACGUGGCCCUCAAGCAGCUGGCGGACAUUGUGGGCAAGCUGAAGCCCCUCAUCAAGCACUUCACCUUUCCGGGCGGGAGCGUGCUGCUCGCGGAGCUCGUGUGCUGCCAGCGGCUGGAGGACGGCUUCGCCAAUGCCGAGUACACGCCGAUCCUGCACAACAUGAGCUUUGUCCAUGGGUACGUGGUGAUGCUGGUGCACCUGUGCCGCAACGCCUCCACCGACAUGCGGGCCAUUCUCCUCAAGCGGUGGGGCGUCAACCGCGAGACCGGAGUCCAGCUGCUGCAGCAGCUCGUCCAGCUCUACAUUUCGCUGGUGUGGGAGAGCACCAUUCUGCUGAAUCUGUGCUCGGACGAGCCCACCCAGCAUCCGGAUCUCAUCUGGGACGAGAUUGCCGCCCAGAUGUCGGCGGCCGCCGGCACCGCCGAUCCCCUCACGGAGGCGGAGCUCUCCCGCAAGCUGGAGCGCGCCGCCGAGUUUCGCACAAAGUACACGCCCGAGGAGCAGUUCCGGUACAUCAAGAGCCUGCUGGCGGCCAGCUCCCGGCUGGGCCGAGCCCUCGCCGAGCUGCUUGGGACGCUCGUGAAGCUGUCGGUGGGCUCGCCGCAGACGCGCCAGCGGCGGAUCAACGAUCUGAUCAGCAACAUAAACAAAGUUCCUACCCCGGAGGCGCGCGAGAUAGCUCGGAUACUGAGCUCCAUUCUGGUGAACGGCUUCAGCCACGAGAGCAUCCUGCCGAAGCCGGUGCCCAAGCUGAAGCUGACGUUCCUCAUCUGCUCGGUGGGCUUCACCGGGCCGAUGCUGUUCGACGACAAGCGGAGCGCCUUCCACCUGAUGAUCUCGCAGUUCUGCGCCGAGAACGGCCUCAAGGCCUUCUUCGAGAUGUUCUACUGGGCGCUGUCGCUCGACGCCGAGUCGACCAAGUUCGAGUUCAAGCAGUGGGCCUCCAUGGAGGACCUGAUGCAGUCGCACGAGGACGACAAGCGCGACUGUCCGGAGGGGACCGGCGAGUUCCUCGACGCCUGGCUGCAGCUGCUCGAGAAGAUGGUCAAUCCGCGGGCGAUGCUCGACUCGCCCUACACGAUGAGUCCGCGCCUCAACUACAUGCCCGACACGGUGCCCUUCGAGCCCGUCUUCUAUCUGAUCCACAUCCACCAGCUGGCGAUGCAGGCCCUGCGCCGGAUCUGGGCCCGGCGGCCCAUCGCCAACUACGGGGCCAGCAUGUUCGAGACGAUGAUCCUCAUCGUCAAGCACCUGGUCAAGUCGCACGCGACCCUGCUGGAGCGCUACCACACGCGCCUGAAGGAGAUCAAGUUCGAGAACCUCUACAUCCGCAGCACCGACGACGGCCUCAACGUCGAGCACAUCAAGACGCUGACGGACAUGGGCUUCACCCACUACCACGUGGUGGAUGCCCUGCGCAACAACGGCUCCCUGGAGGAGGCCACCGACUAUCUGCUCAAUAAUCCGGAGGCCAGUGCGCAUGCCACCACGAGUGCUGCUGCUGCCGGUGCUGCUGCCGGUGCCGGUGCUGGUGCUGGUGCUGGGGCAGGUAUUAAUAUCCCCACAGCACCGACAGCGCCCACCCCGCCGCCAUCUGCCAUGGAGAUCGGCAUGGACGGACCGGGCAUGGAGGGGGGCGAGUCCUCGGGCGGGGGUUCCGGCUCGACCAUCAGCCUGGGCCCCACCCCGACGCCCACGUUCAGCCAGUACAAGUCGGGCGGCAAUCCCUCGAGCUACGACUACAAGCAUCUGAAGCUGAUGCCGCCGAUGAUCUUCGACCGUUUCUGCGACGAGGCCAUCUCGCGCGCCUUCGAGUUCAUGGAGGCCAUACCGGACGUCGUGAACAGCGCCUCGGACCUCAUCGCGGUGCUGUACAGGCGCCACAACCACCUGAACAAGCAGGUAUUCGUCACGAACUUCGUGCGCAACAUCAUCCAGUGGGUGGACUUUACGCUGCAGCUGUUCGAGAACCCGCGGCUGCCGGGCGCCACCGCCCGCGGCACGCGCCUCGAGGAGUGCCUCACGGGCAUGACGGCCACCCGGCUGUUCGUGCGCCUCAAGACGUCGACGCUGCUGCUGGACGAGAACUUCAGCGACAUGCACAGGCCGCUCGUGGAGGCGAUCAACGCCCAGGACGCGAUGGUGUCGCUGGUCAAGCUGCUCGACUGCAUGGCCCAGUGGAUGAUGGAGCAGUCGGAGAAGCCGCAGGCGGAGCGCAUCACAGUGCCCCGCUGGGUGCAGAACCUCGUCGACCUGAUCGACGCCAUCGACAGCAUCAGCCACAUUCUGCAGCGCAAGUCGAACAUGCGGGCGGUGUGCAGCGACGUGUGGCGCUGGUACGACGCCUCCACGGGCAAGUGGAACGCCUACUCGGACGCGAACAACGACCUCAUCCGCAACGCCUACAACUCCGGCGAGCGCUGGCUGCACAUCAACAUCGGGCGGCAGCGGUGCACCGUCUCCUUCAACUGCAUGACGCAGGUGAGCGAGGCCUCCGGCAGCCAUCGGCCGGUCUUCCCGGCCCUCAAGCUGAGCGAGGCCAUCUCCAAUCUGAACAACCCGGUGGCGGUCACCAAGGUGGAGCAUCUGCUGAAUCGCGUAUUGCGCACAGCGGCCGACGGCCAGGGCACCACCCACACGGACGAGCUGAUUUCGCUGCGGCAUCUGAUGACCUUCGGCGAGGGCCAAAACACGACCCCCACGAUGACCUCCAAUGAAAGUGGAGCCGUCUGUUCGAUGGGGGGCGGCGGGGCCAGAGCACGUACCCGCUCGCCGUCCGCCUCCGCACCGAUGACUACACGCAGCAAGUCCCGGCAGAAGAGCGCCGCCGCUGCGGCGGCCGCCAAGGCCAAGACAUCGACGACGUCAGCCACGACAUCGUCGGCGGCCUCCACGGCCACACCCUCGAUACCCAAGCGCACGCAGAGGAUCCUGCUGAGCGAGGAGAAUGUCGGACUGAGCAAAUUCGACUGCGCCCGGAUCAUUGGGAGCAUUGUGUCGCUCCUGCAGCCCCCGAACCUGCUGCAGCACGAGACGAAGCUCUCGCUGCUGCGCCUCUGCGCGCGUCUGACGCGCAACUACGAGAACGCCCAGACAUUCAUACGCUGCGGGGGCGUCAAGAUGCUCCUGCAGCUGCAGCAGGCGUGCAGCUUCAUGGGAUUCCCGACGUACGCGAUCAUCAUCCUGCGGCACGUGCUGGAGGCACCGCCAGUGCUGCAGGAGGCCAUGGAGCGGGUCCUGGGGAUGCGUGCCGCCGGCAUAGUGCCCGUGGGACAGCGCGAUCUGAUCUUCGUGCUCACCCAGGUGUCGACGGCGGUGUCGCGCAACCCGCAGAUCUUCGUGGCCGCCGCCAAGGAGAUGCUGCGCGGCGAGUACCUCAUGAACUCGAACAGCUCGAGCGGCAAUGCCCUGGCGGACGAGGCCCGCGUGAUGGUCAAGUCGAAGUUCGGCCAGCAGCCGACAGCCGCCGCCGGGGGACCCAAUCCGCAGACACCGGCCCCGGCUCCGGCCCCGGCCCCGCCCGCCAAGGAGGAGAUGUGGGAGGACCCGAUGGUCCAGUCGGCCGUGUCCGUGCUCAAGGAGCUGCUGCUGGCCCUGGUCCAGCCGUGCUGCCACUACACCAAAGCCAUUCCCACGAGCGAUCAUCCCAAGGCGGCGGCAGAGCCCCCGCCUCAAACGGAGGAAGGACUUCCCAGCGCCCAGCCACAAUUUGGGGCCAUGGAAGAGGACGAGCCCACACAUGAGCAGCAACAGGCACAGGCACAGCCACAGGCAUCGACCAGCGGCAGCAAGAAAGGAGGUGCAGGUCCUGGAUCGGCGCCUGCUCCUGCUGCCGCUCCCGCUCCCGCCGCUGGUGGCCCUCCUUCGGGGGAUGGCAAGUACGAGCCCUGCUGCUGCACCUGGCACGUGCCCACCGCCGUGCACACCCACUCGAAGCCGACAAUCUCCCGUGCGACGCUCCUCAAGCUGCUUGCAGACGCCACACGGGCCUACCAGUCGCUGCUGCCCAGAGUGCUGCUCGGACACGUGUACACCCCGGCAGACAGUCCGCUGAUCCAGGAGCCCCAGAUGACGUUCAUGGCCGUGCUGCUGGACCGCUUUCUGCCCAUCACGAAGCGCCACCACGUCUCGGAGGUGAGCACCAUGGCCCGUGUGCUCAUCUGCUCGCUCUCCGACUGCUACCAGGUGCCUGGAGUGCAGGUGCAGGUCGCAGAGGAGCUGCACGCGGCGGUGGCGCGGGCGCUGGCCCAGCCGGACUCCUCGGAGAAGCAUACGCGCCUGCAGGUGCUGAUGAGCCUCUUCCCGAACCUCAUCGAGGCUCCGAUGCUGUUCGACAAGGUGCACAUGCACCGCAACAACAUGUACCGCGUCCUGCUGCGGCAGGGCGUCAUGACGUACCUCACCAAGAUCGCCCAGUACAAGGAUCUGUCGAACCACAACACCCUCAGCACCCUGGCCUCCAUCCUGCGGCCCAUGGAGAUCCUGCUGCGGUUCAGCGUCUCCACCACGACCCUCGGCUCGAAGCGGAUACUAUUCGGCGGCGCCAGCACGGGCGGAGCGGGCGGCACGGGCGCCGGAAACAACUCCGCGGGCUCGGGCAUUGGCGGCUCCUCUGUGUCCACCCUGGGCGGCGGAGGAGGCAACAGCGGCAGCAACACCUACGGCACCAUCAUCAACCGACGCCUAUAUCCGCGCAUGGCCGCACGCGCCGCCGCCGGAGCGGCUGUCGAGCGCUCGAACGGGAUGGGCGGCGAGCACGUCCUGCGGGACAUAAUCCGUAACGUGCUGUCGGACAGGCGUCACGCCUUUGAAUUCAUCUUCAACUCGGACGAAAUGGCCGUCGACGCAGAGGAUGCGGCCCCCCCAACAGCAGGCGGAGCCGGAGGAGGAGGCGGCGGCGGAGGCGGAGGCGGAGCAGGCUCAGGCGCAGGAACUGGGGCAGGAGGCCUUGGAAUGGGCCUGGGAAUGGGCCUCGGACUGGGAUCGAGCAGUAGCAUCACCAGUGCGGCCGCCGGCUCCGUCAUCGAUGUUGUGGGAGAACGGAACAGCAGCAGCAGCGUGGGAGGCGGCAUCGGAGGAGAAGCCAACGAUGGACCUUCUGGCUCUGCAGGUGCCACUGGAGGGCCCGUCCGGCCCGUGCUCAACUUUGACCAGCUCUGGGACGACUUUCUGCAGAGCGAGGGCCUGCGUCUGGCCUCGCGAGCAGGCGGGGCCGGAGGCAGCGGCAGCGGCAGCUCCUCGCAGCAGCAGCACCCGCAGAACGGAGCAGCCUCGAGCGGGACGAGUGGCGGAGGAGCAUCUGGCUCUGGCGCCGGCUCUAGCAGCUCCAUCAACGUAGAUCCCCGUCUGCGCGGCUCCCAGCCGGACAGGCUCCUCCUGGCCCCGGGCGAUGGAUCCAAUGCAAACAGCGGCGGCAACGGCAACAGCGGCUCGGCCAACGACAACGGCCUGGGCGGCGGCAACAGCGACGGCGCCUCCACCUCCUCCGAUACGGGGGCCCGCGAGAACCGCCGCGAGAUGACCUCGCUGCUGGGAGACGCCAGCAGCUCGGACUCCGACUCGGACGGCUCCACGGAGAACGAUGAGCGCAACGACGAGGAGGACGACGACGAGGACGAUGCACCCGACGAGGAGGCGGACGAGCACAGCGAGACGGACGUCGACGAGGAGCGGCCCCGCCAGUUCAUCGAGGUAUUCGACCACAUCUAUGAGCCGGAGUCCUCGGAGACGGCCUCCAACGAUGCCGACGUCGACGCCGACGACGAUGACGACGACGAGGACGUCGAUGACGACGACGACGACGAAGACGACGCCGAUGACGAGGACCAUCGUGCCGCCAUCGACGAUCCCGAGCUGGAGAACCAGAUCGACAUAGCCCUGGCCCUGAGCAACUCGAACAAUCGACCCAGGCGUAGUGCCGCCAUCACGGCCUCCGGCGAGCCAGUGGCCGAUGACCCGAUACCCGACGAUGACGACGACGACGACGAUGUCGAUGACGACGACGACGACUCGGCCGUCAAUGAGGCCGCCAGUCGGGCCGAGGCCUUCCUGUUCGAGCGCCUCGUCGUCGACAAUCCCCUGCUGAUGCCCACGCCCCCGACCAGCUUCCGUGUGCGGAUGAACAGCUCCAUUGCCCAGCCCCUGGACAUUGACGUGAACGGUGGCGGUGGCGGCGGAGGCGGAGGCGGAGCCGGAAGCGGAAGCGGCGGGAAUGCGAAUGCCAGUGCGAGUGGCAGUGGUGCCAGCGGUUCCAGUGGUGCCGCCGCAGGAGGAGGGGCAGCCUCCUCCGCAGCUAGAGCCGGCUCUGGCGGAGGUGCGACUGGUGCCAGCAGCAGCAGCGGCGGCGGCGGAGCAGGCGGCGGAGAACGCCCUGUGGCUGCCGCCCUGCGUCCCUCUUCGCGUUCCUGGAUCGCCCCUGACUAUAAUUUCAUCAGCGCCGCAGGCGGAAUACCCACCCCCGGGGGUAGCGGAAGCAGCAAUGCCCCCGCCAAUGGCAACAGCGAGGCAGGCGGUGCCGGAGGUAGCGGAGGCGGAGGAGCAGCAGGAUUCCACGCACCCAGCGGAGGAGCCUCAGGAGCGGCAGCGGCAGCGGGAGCAGGAGCAACCGCUUCCUCGAACAGCCAGAACAUGAGCAAUCUCCUGGACGAACAGGUGUCCGGCGGCGGAUCUGGCGGCGGAGCAGCAGCGGCCAGCGGAGGCGGUGGCGGCGGAGGGGGCUCCGGCUCCGGCUCCUCGGCCCUGUGCAACAACGGAGUGCGCCGUCGCCUCAUGUACUUGGACCAGCAGUACUGCGUGUGCAUGCCCACGCACCAGAACCCCACGGAAGAGACUCAGGUCGAGAUAUUCACCCAGGACGCGCUCCACUGGUGGCUGGAGGAGGCCAAGGCCCUGGACAUGGAGAGCCAGACGGACGCGUGCCUGUACGCGGCGCACUUCCUGCUGCCGUAUCUGAUCCGGCAGCUGAAGGCGGCCCACUACCAGCGGAAGCAGGAGGAGGCCGCGCGCCAGUCCGCCAUGGCGGCCGCAGCAGCAGCCACCACGGCCACCACCAUACCGACGCCAACGGCCACGACGCCGACCACCACCGGGUCGUCGGUGACAUCGACCUUCACGAGUGCCACAGCCACAGUGACAUCGUCGCCGGGAGCGGCAGGAGGCGCCACAGCCACGAUCAGCUCCAGCUCGAGCAACAGCAAUCGUCGCAGCUCCAUACCCGUACUGAUUCCCAUGCUGAUACCCUCUUCGCUGGCGCCAGCGCCGGCGGCAUCACAGGCCCAGCCAUUGGCCACCAGAGGAGCGAACCCCAACGAUGAAUCCACGACCACAACAACGACGACUGCAACGACAGUGGCCACAGCGACAGCCAUAGCCACAGCCACAACGACAGCCACAGCGACAGCAGCGCCCACUUUGGCAGCCAGCAGCGGCACAGCUUCUGCGCCAGCCGAAGGCCUGGCCAUGCCGCCGUAUGCCACAUCGGCGCGUUCGCGCCCGCUGCGUGCACCGAUACGCAACGCCACACUGCGCCGGAACGAGCCACGGCCGUCCUUCAAUAUAUUCGCAGAGAUCGACCUGACCAACGAUCCGGACAAUGACAAUGAUGAUAUUUUAGAUCCGGUUGGAACAGCGGGCACAGCGGGAACAGAAUCACGUCUGCUACUGUUUCCCCCACAAGAGGAGGCACAACCGCAGGCACAGGCAGAGGCGCAGGCAGAUGUCUUGGCUGUGGCCCCAAGACACCCGCCAGUGCCGCACUUGCCAUCGGCCAGCGGCAGGCCGCCGCGUCUCCAUGCUCGCGUACAGGAUUUGAAUAUAUUCAAUGAAUUUGGACAGAAUGCCCCGCGCAUCCUUAAUGGACGCACCCAUCGGCUGAUGUACGGCCAACAUCAGCGGCUGCAUCAUCAUGCGGGACGUGGGCCGGCCCCGCCACCGCCGCCGCCAUUGGCCCCGUCGCCGGCCUCAGUGCUCGAUUUCUAUCCGACAACAGCGUUCCUGGCGUCGUCGUCCCCUCGCGACCAGGACCAGGCCACCACCCAGGACAAUGUGCAGGAGGAGGAAGUGAAUGUCAGCCUGCUGCAGCCCGGCAUACUGGAUGUGCCCGAGCCAGAGGCGGCACAGCGCCAGCAGGAGGAGCAGCAGUCCCUGGGCAGCGGCAGCAGCAGCAGCAGCAGCAGCCGACCAGAUCCACCGCCACCACCGCCGCCCACUGAUAGCACAACGCCGCCCAUCCAGGUGGCCAUCAUCGAUGAGCCGCUCUGGGGAACGGCCACACUCACCCGUCCCCCGCGGCCGACCACAGCACAUCCGCAGCAGCAGCAGCAAUCCAGCAGGACGUCGGCCUCCCCUGGAGGUCGCAAUGGGAUACUCUUUUUGGGAUCGUCUCCCACCAAUGCCGCAGGAGGGGCCUCCUCCUCUGCAGCUAUAGCGCCAGCGCCAGUUUCAGCUACAGCGACACCGACACCGACAGCUGCUCCCAGCACAGAUGAAGGAGGAUCUAGUGGUGGUGCGACUGCCACUGCCACUGCACCUGCCACUGCCACUGCGAGUGGCUCUGGAACUGCAAGCCGAACCGUCACAGACAUGAGCCCCGAGGUGCGCGCCGCUCUGGGGGAUCUAGAGGUGCCAGAGGGCGUGGACCCCUCCUUUUUGGCGGCGCUGCCCAGCGAGAUGCGCGAGGAGGUGAUCCAGGAGCAUCUGCGCAUGCAGCGCAUCCGCCAGCGGGCCCAGCAGAACGCCAUCCAGAUCGCCCACGACUCGCUCGUGGAGGUGAACCCCGAGUUCCUGGCCGCCCUGCCGCUGAGCAUCCAGUCGGAGGUGCUCAUGCAGCAACGCAUCGAACAGCAGCGCCAGGCGGCACAGACGGCCAACCCCGAGGAUCCCGUCGACACGGCAGCCUUUUUCCAAAAUUUACCCGAGAAUCUGCGCCAAGUGAUACUCUCGGACAUGGAGGAGUCGCAGAUUGCCAGCCUGCCGCCAGAGCUGGCCGCCGAGGCCCAGUUCCUGCGUCGCGACUGGGAGACACGCAACGGGCCGCGCCUGGGGGAUGCCCAUCCCCCCAGCAGUGCGCUGUCCCGUUAUCAGAACUCGCUGCAGAGCCUGGAGGACGCGCGCUGGCACAGCUCCAUUUGGUACGAUGCCAGCGGCAAUGCCCAGCCGCAGCACCACCAGCACACGACGAUUGUGCACCACCAUGCCCACAGCCACGCCCUGAACGUGGGCAAGCCGCUGGCCCUGCUCAUGAUGGAGGACGAGAACAUCCUGCUCGAUCCGGACUCCCUGGCCACGCUGCUGCUGUUCCUGUUCGUCGAGGACCAGAAGGUGAACAGCUUGCGGCUGCACCGCGUCAUCCGGAACCUGUGCCACCACGAGCCGACCCGCGACUGGAUCAUCAAUGCCCUGAUCAACAUUGUCCAGAAAACGAACGAGGAGAGCGCCAACUUCGGGGCGGGCCAGGGCCAGGGCCAGGGUCAGGGCAGCAAGCCCGACUGGCUGAAGCUGCGCGUGGACGCCGCUUUUGGGUACAAGAGCAACAUAUUCCUGAUCAAUCACCUCCACGACGAGGCCGGCGGUAGUGGCAGCGGCAGUGGCAGCGCCAAGAGCAUCAGCAUUAAUCCACAGGCGGCCCAAAUGAUUGUCCGCAACUGUUUGGACCUGCUGUUCGUCCUGGCCAAGCAUUAUCCGUCCAGCUUUGUGCCCUACCAUCGCGAGGCCAAGGCCCGUCGCAUGCUUAGCGCCGUCUUUGGCAUGCCGCCCCCCAUCCCGGGAGCGCCGCGCGUCGAAGAACAGCCGCCGCCGCAGUCGCAGCAGCAGCAGCAGAACCCACCCGCUGGCGGUACCCUGGACUUUCGUUCCCGCUUCUAUCGCUACCAGGUGGCCAAUCGGAUGCGGGCCAUGAUCGAGGAUCAUCAUCCCCGAAUGCUGGCCCCACCCACACCGCCCCCAGUCCAGCCCAUAGCCACAGUCCAGGCCGCAGCCACGCCCGCAGCUCCAGCUCCAGCGCCAGCUCCGGCUCCAGCCACGCCGCUGGACGAUGAGGCUCCCUCGACAUCGAAGGCAGCUGCCGCCAAGGCGGCAAAGGCAGCCACGACCACAGCAGCGACUGCAACGGAUGUGGGAAGCGGAACAGGAACAGGAACUGGAAGUGGCUACCAGACCAAUUCGUACAACUUCUGGGAUGUGGUGCUGAACAUCGAUCGACAGACGGAGGAGCGCAUGAAGCACGUGGCCGAGUUCCCGAUCGUUUCGCAGCCCUCCUGGGAGUGGGUGGCCAAGACAGGGGACUUCCUGUCGUUCAGCGACUCGCCGUUCGGGCAGCUGCUGGCCAUGCUGCCGUACAAGGUGAUCUGUCGGUCGCCCCACCUGACGGACAUGCUCGUGAAGCUGCUGGCCUCGCUCAGCACAGAGCUGCCCAAGGAGGAGGAGCCCGGGCCUGGGGCCGAGCCCCAGAUGCCCACGCUGAUACCCAUCAACCAGGCGGUGCUCAAUCAGCAGGCCCAGCAGAACCAGGAGAUGACCCAGGCAGCGGCCGCCCUGACGGGCGCCAAUGCCACCGGCGACACCGGUCACACCACCACGCACGCCAGUCGUCCCCUGCCGGAACUCAAGAAGAUGCCGCCGCCACCGCUCACCCUCCAGAUGCCGGUCAAGCCGAAGCGCAAGAUCUACGCGAAGAAUUUCUCGCAGCUGCAGCUCGUGAUCGAGGUGCUGACGCACCAGUGCGGCACCACCGAGGGUCUGGACAACGUGGCCAAGCUGAUUGUCAAUCUCACGCAGUGCUCGCAGGCAUCGAACGCCAUUUUCAUACAGUACUUGACCGCCGCCAUUCUCGGCCUCGCCGAGGAGGUGCGCCAGGCCAUUCAGACGCUGCUCCAGGAGAUACGGGCGUACAACAUCAAUGCGGGAUUGCCCAGCACCUCGAAACAGGCAACGGCAGCGGCAUCCGCAACAGCGGCGGCAGCAGCAGCGGCGGCGGGACCCUCCACUUCGGCUGGACUGUUGCCCAAUCUGGCCGUGAACGAGGGAAUCAUGCAGGAUCGCUUCACCGCAGAGCACGUGAUCAUUUCGGCCCCGAAGAACGCCAAGCCGACGUGCGAGCUGCAGCUGCCGUCGAUGAAGAAACUGAUGUCGAACUCCUCCUCGCAGCCGUUCUUCCUGCGGACCCUGAAGAUCUUCAUGCAGGUGCGGGACAUGUACGAGAACCAGACGGUGGCCUCCGACGACGAGGAGGACUUCAUCGACAUUCUGGGCGAUGGCGGUGCCACCAGCGGCAGCAGCUCGGAUGCCUCGCGCUUCCGGGCUCGCAUGGAGACGAAUCGGCAGCCCUCGGACGGGGGGGCCAUCGACGGGGAUGGCGACGGCGAUGGCGAUGGCGACGGCGACGACGAGGAUGACGAUGAGGAGGCCAUGCCCCUGGGGGGCGGCUCGUCCAGCAGUUGCGGCGUCGGCGGUGGCGGGGCUGGUGGCAGCGGUACAGCGGACAGCGGCAGCAAGCCAGGCAAGCCGACGCUCAGCCAGAUCCUGUGCCUCGAUGUCCUGUGGCACACGUUGAGCGAGUGCCUGGUGGCACUGGAGGAGUCCAAGGACGAGUUUGCCGUCCUCGUGCUGCAGCCCACGGUGGAGGCCUUCUUCCUGAUCCACGCCUCGCAUCGCAUACCCAAGAAGGGGGCACGCGGCGGCCGCGCAGCCUCAGCCGGCCGCACAGUGGGCGGCAGUGUGUCCUCGUCCUCGGUGCAGGACAUUAGUCCCCUGAUGGACGAGGGCAGCGGCAGCACAGCCUUCGGCUCGGACGAUGCCCAGGAUGCCAGCAACACGUCCAUCGGCAACACUGCCAAUCCCAGUCCCAAUGCCGGAGCCGAGUCCGCGAGCUGCGGCUCUACAGCCGGGCUGAGUGCCCACGAGGCACAGCUGAAGCAGGAUCGCCACAAGUUCCUUCAGUUCGCUGAGAAGCAUCGAACUGUGCUCAACCAGAUCCUGCGCCAGUCCCCCACCCACCUGUCGGACGGCCCCUUCGCCGUCCUCGUGGACCACACGCGCAUCCUGGACUUCGACGUGAAGCGCAAGUACUUCCAGACCGAGCUGGAGCGCCUCGACGAGGGCAUACGCCGCGAAGAGCACACGGUCAGUGUUCGACGCGUGACCGUCUUCGAGGACUCGUUCCGUGUCCUGUACCGUCUGGGCCCCGAAGAGUGGAAGAAUCGUUUCUACAUCGUGUUUGAAGAUGAAGAGGGUCAGGACGCUGGCGGCCUGCUACGUGAAUGGUAUGUGAUCAUAUCGCGGGAGAUCUUCAAUCCGAUGUACGCUCUGUUCUGCGUGUCGCCGGGCGACCGCGUCACCUACAUGAUAAAUCCCUCCAGCCAUGCCAAUCCCAAUCAUUUGAGCUACUUCAAGUUUGUCGGACGGGUGAUUGCCAAGGCCGUCCACGACAACAAGCUGCUGGAAUGCUACUUUACGCGCUCCUUCUACAAGCAUAUCCUGGGCAAGCAAGUGAAGCACACGGACAUGGAAUCGCAGGACUACGAGUUCUACAAGGGUCUCGACUAUCUCAUGAAGAACGACAUCUCCAAUCUGGGCUACGAGGUGACCUUCUCCACCGAAGUGCAGGAGUUCGGCGUCACCCAGAUUCGUGAUCUCAAGCCAAACGGACGCGACAUCCCAGUAACCGAGGACAACAAGUUCGAGUAUGUGCAGCUGGUGUGCCAAUUGAAGAUGAGCGGGUCCAUACGUCAGCAAUUGGAUGCAUUCCUCGAGGGCUUCUACGAUAUAAUUCCAAAGCAUUUAAUCUCGAUUUUCAACGAACAGGAACUGGAACUUCUCAUAUCCGGCCUGCCAGAUAUUGAUAUAGAAGAUCUGAAGGCCAACACCGAAUAUCACAAGUACACGUCGAAGUCGGCACAGAUCCAAUGGUUCUGGCGUGCGCUGCGCAGCUUCGACCAAGCGGAUAGGGCCAAAUUCUUGCAGUUUGUCACCGGCACCUCAAAGGUCCCGCUGCAGGGCUUCGGCUCGCUGGAGGGCAUGAACGGCAUACAAAAGUUCCAAAUCCAUCGCGACGAUCGCUCCACAGAUCGCCUGCCAUGUGCCCACACUUGCUUUAACCAACUGGAUCUGCCGAUGUACAAGUCCUACGAUAAACUGCGCAGCUGCCUGCUGAAGGCAAUUCAUGAGUGUUCCGAAGGCUUUGGCUUCGCCUAAGCGAAUGCGAGUCCACGCCCACACAGCACUCGUUGAUUCCUAUACGACGACGACGGCAACAGCGUAGCGCUACGCGAACACCCACGAAAACGAAAUUUCAAUUAAUUUAAGCCACUACCCCCCCCCCCCCACACAUAUAUAUUCGUGAAGAGAGUACAGAACAGCCACUGGAGAUGUGAGAGAGCGAAGGCGCAAGCGUAAGGCAGCAGGAAAAAAAAAACAUUAAAAAUUAAAAAAAAAAAAAUAAAAGCAGCAGCGGCAAACAGCAAAUGCAUAAACAUACAAUACAUAUAGUUAAAUAGUAUAUAUAAAAAAUGUUGAAUUAAUUAUUAAUUUUCGCGCCUAUAUAUAUACAAUAUAUAUUUUCUUAAAUUUUCAAAAAGGAAAACGAAAGUCGGCGAAAAAUCUUGGAAGUUUAGAGAGAAAGUAUAGAAAACAAAAACCACACGAAGAAAG